AUGGCCCCGAAGAAAGCAGCAAAGCGAUCCAAGGUCGCCAAGACAUCCAAGCGGGCUAAGGUUGCCAGGGCUUCCAAGUCUCCUGAGCCCACCGAACAGGAAGAUAGCGAGACUACCGAAGAAGUCUCGGAACCCGGAGAUCCCGAAGCACUGGGAGCAAUGACGAAAGCAAAGAGAAGAAGGCGGUCUCCUCCUCCCGUCGACCGCCGGCCUGCGAAAAAGGCUAAGCCUACUCCGAAGGCCGUUAAGCCUACUCUGAAGGACGAUAAAGAUCGGCCAAGUAAGAUAGUCGAACGACAAGGCACGAAGAUCCAGCCCGAGCCGGUGGAUGAUCUAGCUGGGCCAGAUCAGAUCGAGGUGGUCUCGGAUAUGAAAGCAUUUGAAGCCGAUCUCAAGAACUCCUACGUCAAGAGACUCGCUGAAGCUCGAGCAAAGAAUGCAAAGAAGCCGGUUAAGCGUGCGCGUGCGACGUGGAGUUAUAAGGGACCGAAGCCGCUCAAUGAUAUCAGCAAGCUCCCUAAGGGUUGGACGUGGGAUGAACCCGACCUGGAUGAGGAUGAUAUUGACGCUCAAGUCAAGAGAUGCGAGGAGAGGAUCGCGGAGCAAAUCAUGCCCCGGUUCUUCGAGCAUAGACUGAAGGGAUACAAGGCUGCACAGAAGAUAAGGGAUGAUAUGGCAGUCGGGGAAAAAGGAAAAUACAGCAAGGACGUCAUCCAGCGAAUCUCAGUUCUCAGAGAUAUCGAGAAAGCCAUCGAGAGCAAGGAGUUCCCAGAUAAGAACAAGCAACUUCCCAAUGUGAAGGCCCUGUUGAAGGCGUACAGAUCCCAUGAACUUGAUUGGUAUGGCGAUGAUCUGGUCACGUAUUGGUCAAAUGGCAAGCGACUCUGUGAGCCCAGGCCACUGAACUGGGCCGAGUUCCAAGCCCUCGCUCGCAAACACGAGGGAUGGAAGAGCUUCUGGGUCGAGGGCUACAAAACCGGAGUUCGACUCUGCAACGUUGAUAUGCCAAACAUUGUCAUGGACCAUGUUGGGGCGCCGCCCGGGCCGCCCACCCUGGCCAAAGGAACCCCAACAGGGGCCCCGGCCCCAUUGCCUGGACAUAGCACAACCCAUGCCUGGUGGGUUGCGCUAGAUUUCCUGCACGACACAGGUGCCGAGGUGAUGCAAAUCUGGGAUACUGAUAUCGACUUGAUGAUGGCGAUGGAUGUCAACCCUACCACCAAUUUUCCCUUUACCACUGGCAUCCACACCAUGUUCAACAUUCGGGGAGACCCGACUAUGCGUGAUGGUAUUCUUCUUCUCGCGUGCGUGCUUGAUGAAAAUAACCUUGACGCUGUCGGAGUCCAGAGAAGACUCACACACUGGACUCACGUUCCUGCAGCCGUCGAGACGGGGGGUUUUAUUCCCAGUCAUACUCAGCGAACAGACGGUCCUUGGAUCCGGAAAGCCCUCUAUGGAGCUACGAUGCCGAACGCGGACCAAUUUCGAAUUUGGGCGAAUACAAGGAAUGCUUUGAAACUUCUUAGUGGUCAGGUUUACCCUAACCCUGAGCCUGCCGGUGUCAACCUUGGUGUUUGGCCGCCAAUGCGCGAAUGGAUAAGAGGCUAUGGUAUGGACAUAACCCCAGCUGGAUUGGCGAAUAUUGCUCCAAUUCCUCCGAAUCUAUUCAAGAUGAUGCCCGAAACGGUCGAUCAUACGGUCGCAGAACAUUCUCCCUCACAUAACACCAUGGCCAACACCAAAUUCAAACCCAAUACCAAGCCCCCAGAGCCACGAAACCACCGCCACUUCGAUCCCUGGCAAUCAGCCUCAACAGGACACCAGCGAAUCGAAGGCGGCUCAUUCCUAGGCUCAACGCCAUGGCGCGAGGCCCGAUCCUCGAAACUGACACAGCAAUACAAAAGCGGAGACUGUCUACCACAACGACGAGAAUCAGACACGACACUCGUGCCCGGCGCAUUCGAUGGCAAAUGCGGACCCGAGUCCCCGCCCCAAGCACCCGGUGAAUGGACCAUGCUCAACGAAGAAGAUGCGAAGAGGAACCAGCUUGGUGUGCGGGACAUUCGGUCGUUCAUGGGUGUUGGGAAGCGAAAGGCCGUCGAUGAUCAGGAUGAUCAGGUGAAGAGGGUGAAAGGACCGGGGAAAGAAAUUUCAGCGCCAGUGAAGGACGUCACACCUGCUAGAGUGGAAUCUGAACCGCAAUCUGGAAAUGCGUCUCUUGAUUUGGCGUCGACUUCGGAUAUCUUUGCUAGAGUAACUGUCUUCAUUAACGGAUCUACGCUCCCUCAGAUCUCGGAGUACAAGCUCAAGCACUUGCUUGCUUCGAACGGGGCUAGAACGUCCAUUUACAUGGCUCGGAAGACCGUCACGCAUGUCAUUAUUGGAAAUCCGAAUACUGGAUCUUCAGGUGCAGGUGGGGGUCUUUCGGCACGGAAGCUUCAGCAGGAGAUUGCACGUGGUGGCUGGAAGAGUGUCAGGAUUGUCAGUGUGGACUGGGCAAUCGAGAGUAUGAAGGCUGGACGAAGACUUGCGGAGUCCCGGUUCCCAGGCAUGCAUGUUGCCUCGAAAGGGCAGCGAAGUAUUGCCGGAAUGUUUGGUGCGAAGUGA